AUUUGAAAGGAUAAGUCCAAAACUUGAAUACUCAUCUUGCACAUAUACUCGAAAAUGGUACUGCACAUGAUAUCGAUGGUGACUCCAUUGAUGCUUCACUUACAUCUAACAGCACCUGCAGUAGCUGGUGCUUCAGUAAGUAUCAUAUUGGUGCUCAAGUUGUUGUUAGGUUUCAGAUUCUUCAAAGAUGAAGCACUUUAUCAAUCGAGGUUGUUUCUUUUUCGAUUAGGUCAAAUAGCCUUCAACAGUGAACCUCAAGUUUCAUAUUUAGCAAGAAUGGAACGUGCUUUAAGGUUAAUCUUUCCAACAUAUGCUACUGUCAUCACCACUUCUAGUUCAACUUCUUCUUCAAAGUCAGAUCAUGCGUUGCAAAAUGAACAGGAGGAAAUGUUUCACUCGCUUUCAAUGAUGGCACUUUGAUCAUGUCAUUGAACUUGUGUUUAUGUUUAUUGUGUAUAGUUGUUUGAUUAUUCGAUUUGUGUGAUGAGAAACUUGUAAUAGUAAAAAGGAUAUCGCUGUGUUGAUAAUGAAUUGGUCUUGGAUCUCAGUUCAUGUUGGAUAAGAUGGUGAUGUGUUUAGUUUCUUAAUCACCACUAUCGACCAAUGAUCAUGUUCGUCGGUCACUUAGAUAUAUCUUUUUCAACAAAAAAUGUCAUCUUUCAAUUAUUUAUGAAUUAAUUUAGCAUCAUACACUUGUAUCUAAUUUUCAUUAAUCUCUCUCUAUUUUAUUUAAAUUUAUAAAAGAGUUUCUUAGAUAGAGAUGUUAUACAAUAUAAAUCCUUGCAUGACUAAGACUCGUAUUUAAAUCGAAAUCUUCAACUCUAUUUUCUAAAGUUAAAAUACACACCAUAUUUUUUUAAGAGAUUGAUAUAAAUAGAUGGUAAAGUCCACUCAAGGUGAGGCUUAGUGUAAGAAUGUGUACGCUAA